GAACCGAACGAAGCUUCAGUCGACGCCGCGCACCCAAACGGUCCAGACCUGUCAGCACAGGAAAAUACACGCGCAGCAUCUCAACACUUUCACGAGAGCAGCCGACCCACUGAGUAACACGGAGAUUCUCGCAGCGUGACACUAUACGCGCGUUGCCGUUUGUUUUUCAACCGAGCUGAAACGCGUUUCGCGAGUUUCGUUCGUCGUUCGUCAGAAGUUCGCAGAAGUAAACUUGCAUCUUCCGUCAAAGUUUCAAGAUUUCCCUUUUUUGGAAGAAUAUCUCGCUGGACGUUGGUCAACGACGAAUUCUCACUCGUAUCUCAUCUCCAUUAGAUUGGCAGCGAUACGAGGAUCCUCUCGCGACGUGAUACAAGCAGUGAUCUUACUCUCGGGAGUCCGUCGAGACUAGGCUUUGCGCGGGAGGAGAAGAGCGAGUCGACGAACGACAGAGAGCUAAGAGAGACAGAUAAAGAGGGAAAGAGAGAGCGCGCGAAAGUCUGGGAACGAGACGAAGGGAGACGGAGAGUGCACAAAGUAAGAGAGAGAGAGAGAAAGAGAAAGAGUGAGAGUGACGGAGUGCACUGAGAAAGGAGACAGACGGAGACAGAAGAAGUGGUGGGAGUGACUCCGGGCGUUAGCGAGAGAGCGAAAGAGGCGGGUAGAGGGAAAGGAGAGACAGAGACUCGACCAAGAGAAGGAGCGGUGGGAAUUUAUAAGGAUGUUCGCGAUAAUGCCGAUGGAGACAGAGGGGCACGGCAGGGAGUUCGGCCGGCGGCAGAAGAUGCGCGCCAAGUGCACGGUAGAGUUCGUCUGCAAGUACUGCCAGCGGCGCUUCACGAAGCCCUACAACCUCAUGAUCCACGAGCGCAGCCAUAAGGACGACGUGACCUUCACCUGCGAGGUCUGCGGAAAGUCCUUCAAGCGGCAGGAAAACCUCAAGCAGCACAGGAGCAUACACUCUGUUCCCUACAAGGGCUCCAACGGCUACUCAAAUGGCUAUUCAAAUGGCUACUCUAGGUAUUAGAAGCCAUCCGCGGCCAGCUACUAUCCUAAACUCCCGUAGACACGCGUUUCUCUUUCUCUAUCGAAUGCUCUAACUACCAACCAGCACUUUCCCAAUAUCCCACUUCCGUCAGAGCAGUCCUCCGCGCCGAUCCGACAACACGUCGAAUUCGCACGAGAUGUAGUGUCUUGUCAACUGUGAAACUCCAUUCGACUUUUUUUUUUGUUGUUGUCACCACCUCGCCUACCACCCUCGCAUUUAGUUCACCCGUUCCUGCUUUUUUGAUUUUUUUCGCUUCUGUCAUCUUUCUGUAUUCCGAGUCUACACCCAGACGCCAGCCACAUCAGAGGAAUCAACGAUCCGACACGAAGCGCAUCGAAACAAUGGAAGCGACCUGGAAUAUAACGGCAUGGCGGACGGGCGCGAUUGCAUUAAACUUCCUGUGUAAUUCGGCUGAUUCAAAAGGGUAAUAAUAUUCUUGCAAAUUAUAUGGCAAGCGAUUCGCGAUGUUCGAAACGAUCCCGGCUCUUGCAUAUUGAGCGUUAAGAUGCGAUGAGAUAGAUGACAUCAGGCAUCAUGUAUGAUUCGAGGACUCGCAUCUAAUAAAUUUUGUAUUCACUCAACGGCGUUUUAUAAAAGAAUUUGCGAAAGAAAAAUAGGUGCGGCUACUUGCGAAAAAUAACAUGUAUUUAUAUACAUAAAAAUUGGAUCGUUUAAACAAAUUUUUUUUUAUGCGUUUUACUUUAAUUAGAAAUAUGUUCUAAUCUUCUUGAUAAGAAUUUCUACGAGCGUUUUAUAAUAAAAUUGUCGACGAAAGCGUCUCUUCAUCGCGUGCGAUGUCAAUUUUUCAAUCGGAGAUGAAGAUUCGAGAAGAUUAGGAAUGAAAAUUAAGAAGAGGAUAUAUAAUGUCUUCGUCAAAAAUCGAAAAUUUAAUGAAAGAGCGAGCCGGGAGUUCAUGCAGGAACCCAAACAGGCGAUCGACUUUCUUCCGCGUUUUCAUCACGGAAGCUAUCAACGGCGUCGUUCCUCGCAGGCUCCUCGGGCUAACGUCCUAAAUUGGACUAUGUAAUAACCUACUAGCUCCGCAGGAACGCUGGUCAGAGGAUGCGCUGUUCGCUUCUUCGCGUGCUACCGUGGACCACGCCCAGGCCCGGAGCGACGUCUUCCUGACCUACCACCUGGCAAUCAGCCGCGGAGCUACUUGGCUUCCCCGUCAGAAAAUCCGUAUAAUUUUGCGAGUGGUACCGCGGGUCGCAUGGAAGAUCGCCGAGGAGAUCGCAAAAUCGAAGCUCACGAGCGGGCGAGAUUGUCGCGAAGACACGACCGGACAACCUUGGGCCACGUGGUACAAGGUGGGCCCGCGGUGGUAUCGCUGACGCAAAUACCAGUCAGCUGAGAUCGGUUUCCAGUGGGUGAACCCUCGACGAAGUGUCUCUUCGAUUCCGGCCGAGACACAGUCCACUGAAGUGGAAUAAAUAUCAACCGUUAUUCCGAACGUCGUUCGUAUCUUUUCUUUCUUUUCCCUUUUUUUUUUUUUGUCUAUGUUACGUAUCGCUUUUUUUCCUCUCCCUUAUUUAUAUCCCGCACGGAUGCACGCGACGGAUGUGAAAUGCUCGAAAACGCGAACGAGGGAAAUCGCACACGGUGUAGCACGCUGCGCGAGCGGGAAUACACGGCUCGAAGUCGGAGAAUGUGAAGUAAUACAGUGUAGGUGGUGAUGUCGAUUCCCUCUUGCUUUUCGAGCAAGGCGCGAAAUGCGAGAAUCGAGUGGAAAAGCGCGUGUGGCGAGCACAAAUAAAAUCAUCGCGUUCGAAUUCAUUCAGCUCAAUUGUAAACGGCAGAAAUCUUCGAUUCUUUAUACAAGAGACGGUAGGAAUAUUUGCGACGAGUUCUUAAAGCAUAAUAUUAAAAGAUUCGAAUUUUACAGGUCAAUUUUGUUUCUUGUGCUACUCAAAAUUUUCCGUUUUCUACGAAACGAAUAAAAGAGUUACAAAUCGGUAUUUAGCAAUCGAUACAUAUAUUGCAAGUUUUAAUGUUUUUCUGAAAAAAGUCAAUUACACCUCGCAAUUUGUCUCUUAUAUUUUCCUGCCUUCUUUUAUCAUUUCUAUAUUAUAUUUGAUACCAUAUCUAGAGAUACUGCAUAAUAAAACACAAUUACAUAUUACGAUUACAUAUUAAAUUAUUACUCUUUCCUUAUUCUGAUCAUCUAUCGACUCGAGCAUCACUCGAGUCCAUCGUGAUACAUUGUAUUAAAGAGAAUGUAUUUUCUUGUAUUAAAUUUAAUAUAUUUGCGGCAUGUUUUCCAAACUGUACAUUAAAAGGAGCGAAAGCGUUUGAAUUUGUACGUUAAUGAGGGUUAAGGAAUUUGCGUGACUGGUUUUAAUAUAUCUUUAUGAUAUACCGCUAAAUAUUUUUCACUUUAACGCAAGAGAAAACUGCAAAAUAUUCAUAAGUGAUGUUCAAUACGAUGCACAAUGUGAGUUUUAGCUACGGCGUCUCGAGGACAUCGAGAGUUUGCCAUUUAGCGACUCGCGCAAUUUAUGAAAAACACAUUCAUGCAAAAAGAUCUACGAUGGCUUCGGGAGCAAAUAGGAUUUUACCUUUCUUUCUAACUUUGUUUUAAUUCCCUUUAGUGGAACGAAACCGUGGUCGUACUUUGUACAUAGCUUAACUGCGUAUUGCUGCGUCUUUAAUAUUAUUAAUUAUUAUAUUAUUAUUAAUUAUUAUUUUACGAAUGUUAUUGAACUAGCGCUUAGUCAUCCUGUAUUGUAGCCGCCGAUAGGCCUCACGAGUGUAGAGCUGCAUUUCGUUGCACGGUAUGAUAGGAGUGAUAAUAAUGUUAUUUUAUUAUUAAAAUUAUUAUAUUAUUUUAUAUUAUUAUCCCACGAUGUAUCGAUAUCCAUGCAUGUAUCGCUAGCUUUACACAACCGAGGUACACGAGCAGCCCAGUGAGAAGGUUCAUGCUCUUUGUCUCUCCAAGAGAGAUGAAACAACAUGCGCGUGAUGAUUCCAUGUGUGCUUUCUGCAAAUCAUUGUAUUAGUGGGAAAAUUCCACUCUAGCAAACUAUAAAUAAAUUCGCCAACUUGUAAAACGC